AUGAAUCGCUCGGCCAUUGCAGGUGCAAACCGGAGACAUAUUUGUGUCCCGGUGGCCACGAUACAUCAGAGAAUUCAUACAGGGGCGAAGCCAUUUUCUUUAGAAUGUGGGAAAUCUUUCAUAAAUAAAUCAAGUCUAGUUGCACAUCAGAGAAUUCACACAGGGGAUAAGCCAUUUUCUUGUUUGGAAUGUGGGAAAUCUUUCUCACAGAAAUCAUAUCUUACUAUACAUCAGAGAAAUCACACAGGGGAGAAGCUAUUUUCUUGUUUAGAAUGUGGGAAAUCUUUCCCACGCAAAUCAUAUCUUACUGUACAUCAGAGAUAUCACACAGGGGAGAAGCUAUUUUCUUGUUUAGAAUGUGGGAAAUCUUUCUUACAGAAAUCAUAUCUUACUAUACAUCAGAGAAUUCACACAGGGGAGAAGCUAUUUUCUUGUUUAGAAUGUGGGAAAUCUUUCCCACGCAAAUCAUAUCUUACUGUACAUCAGAGAUAUCACACAGGAGAGAAGCUAUUUUCUUGUUUAGAAUGUGGGAAAUGUUUUACUGAUAAAUCAACUCUUGUUAGACAUCAGAAAAUUCACACAGGGGAGAAGCCAUUUUCUUGUUUAGAAUGUGGGAAAUCUUUCAUAAAUAAAUCAUAUCUAGUUGCACAUCAGAGAAUUCACACAGGGGAGAAGCUAUUUUCUUGUUUAGAAUGUGGGAAAUGUUUUACUAAUAAAUCAACUCUUGUUAGACAUCAGAGAAUUCACACAGGGGAGAAGCCAUUUUCCUGUUCAGAAUGUGAUAAACAAAUUAACUCUAAAUCACAUCUUGUUAGACAUCAGAGAAUUCAUACAGGGGAGAAGCCAUUUUCUUGUUUAGAAUGUGGGAAAUCUUUCCCACGGAAAUCAUAUCUUACUGUACAUCAGAGAUAUCACACAGGGGAGAAGCCAUUUUCUUGUUUAGAAUGUGGGAAAUCUUUCAUACAUAAAGCAAGUCUUGUUAAACAUCAGAGAAUUCACACUAGAAAGAAGACCCAGCGCAGGAGCGCCCCUCUCCGCCUGUACAGGACCCAGCGCAGGAGCGCCCCUCUCCGCCUGUACAGGACCCAGCGCAGGAGCGCCCCUCUCCGCCUGCACAGGACCCAGCGCAGGAGCGCCCCUCUCCGCCUGUACAGGACCCAGCGCAGGAGCGCCCCUCUCCGCCUGUACAGGACCCAGCGCAGGAGCGCCCCUCUCCGCCUGUACAGGACCCAGCGCAGGAGCGCCCCUCUCCGCCUGUACAGGACCCAGCGCAGGAGCGCCCCUCUCCGCCUGUACAGGACCCAGCGCAGGAGCGCCCCUCUCCGCCUGUACAGGACCCAGCGCAGGAGCGCCUCUCUCCGCCUGUACAGGACCCAGCGCAGGAGCGCCCCUCUCCCCAGGCUUUAA